UGAUUGCUGCUAUCGUCAUGGCGUGGUAGGUGAAGAAGAGAAGAGAAGAGAAGAGAAGAGAAACGUGGAGUGGGAAAAAGGUACUCCAAACAAAACAAACCACGCUACUAUGGCCAAAUGGAAUGGUCUUGUUCUUGCGGUAGGUAAAUACUAACACUAAAAAAAAAGCCUUAGGCUUGGAGAAAGCAGCAACACCACGAACGAACCAAUAGCAUAUUCCACUCUCACCAACCCCUCCAUUUACAUUCACACCUCUCCAACUCCAACUCCAACCAUGUGUUAUUAGUUCUUCAUGUAUUCCCUUUUAAUAUUUCCUUAAUCUCCAUUUUGCCCCUCACCAACCACCACCUUAACCAUAACCCAGUCCUAUAUUACAAAUACAAUCAUGCUCCUCUUUUUUUCUCAGGGAAGAGGUUCAUACUUGAGAUCGAGACACACUCACACACACACCUACUUUCUUAUUCUUCCUUGCCAAUCUCAUGGGUAUUGAGAACGAAAUGAAGCAACCAAAAAAGGACAUUAUGUUCAGGUCAAAGCUUCCCGAUAUCUACAUCCCAAAACACCUUCCCCUUCAUUCAUAUUGCUUUGAGAACCUAGCAGAGUUGGGAUCACGACCCUGUUUGAUCAAUGCCCCAACGGGGAAAAUCUACACCUACUACGACGUGGAGCUCACCGCACGAAGAGUUGCCUCGGGUCUCAACAAAUUGGGCAUCCAACAAGGUGACGUGAUCAUGGUCCUGCUUCCCAAUUGUCCAGAAUUUGUGUUUGCUUUUCUUGGUGCCUCUUUUCGCGGUGCCAUCACCACUGCUGCUAACCCUUUCUUCACCCCCGCUGAGAUUGCUAAACAAGCAAAAGCUUCCAAUGCCAAGUUGCUCAUAACUCAAGCCUGUUACUAUGAGAAAGUUAAGGAUUUGGAUGUGAAGCUCAUGUUCGUGGACUCUCAUCCGGAGGGGCAUCUUCAUUUUUCUGAGCUGGCUCAUGCAGAUGAGAAUGAAAUGGCUGAGGUAAAGAUCAACCCUGAUGAUGUUGUGGCAUUGCCUUAUUCAUCGGGGACAACAGGGUUGCCAAAAGGGGUGAUGCUGACACACAAGGGUUUGGUUACUAGCAUAGCACAACAGGUGGAUGGGGACAACCCCAACCUUUACUUUCACACAGAGGAUGUCAUACUCUGUGUGCUUCCCUUGUUUCACAUAUAUUCCCUCAACUCUGUUCUGCUUUGCGGCUUGAGGGCCAAAGCUGCUAUUUUGUUAAUGCCAAAGUUCGAGAUUAAUGGGUUGCUGGGUCUGGUUCAAAAAUACAAAGUGUCAAUUGCUCCAGUCGUGCCACCCAUUGUUUUGGCCAUUGCCAAGUCCACAGACCUUGAUAACUAUGACCUCUCCUCCAUUAGGGUGUUGAAAUCUGGAGGUGCUCCCCUUGGCAAAGAACUCGAACACACUCUCAGGGCCAAAUUCCCCAAGGCCAAACUCGGACAGGGAUACGGGAUGACGGAGGCAGGUCCAGUGUUGACCAUGUGCUUAACAUUUGCUAAAGAGCCAAUAGAUGGAAAACCGGGUGCAUGUGGAACCGUCGUCAGGAAUGCAGAAAUGAAGAUUGUGGAUCCCGAAACUGAUAAUUCUUUGCCCCGAAAUCAACCUGGUGAAAUUUGUAUUAGAGGUGACCAAAUCAUGAAAGGUUAUCUAAACGAUCCGGAAGCUACUGAAAGAACUAUAGACAAAGAAGGUUGGUUGCAUUCGGGUGACAUUGGGUACAUCGACGAGGAUGAUGAGUUGUUCAUCGUUGAUAGGCUGAAGGAAUUGAUUAAAUACAAAGGGUUCCAGGUGGCUCCUGCUGAACUCGAAUCCCUUCUUCUUUCCCAUCCUAGUAUCUCCGAUGUUGCUGUGGUCCCAAUGAAGGAUGAAGCAGCUGGUGAGGUCCCAGUUGCUUUUGUGGUGAGAUCAAAUGAUCAUAUCGAUACAACUGAGGAUGAAAUUAAGCAGUUCAUCUCCAAACAGGUGGUGUUUUAUAAAAGAAUAAGCCGAGUAUUCUUCAUUGAUGCCAUUCCCAAGUCACCAUCGGGCAAAAUAUUACGAAAGGAUCUAAGGGCAAAGCUUGCAACAGGUGUUCCAAAUUGAAUAAUCCAUUUCCAUUAUUGUAUGAUAUUAUAUAUAUGCUUAUUUCAUAUUAUUAUACUAUGCCCGCUUAAGCUUCAACAAAUUAGAAAGGGCAAAGGCGAGGCUUGACCACAAUUAAUACGCAUGUCAGCCAUGUAUAAGUAACUAGUUUGAUGUUCUUUUAUUUCAGAACAAUCUAUUGUAAAAAUUUCAUUCAAUUAUGGACUUUCAUUUUCUUUA